GGAUGAGCACGGGCGGAAAGCAGAGCCUUUAGAGGAUCCCGAUGGAAACCCUCCCCAACAGAUGCUAAGCAAGAAUCAUCCAGAUGGGGUGCAGGUGCUGCAAAUUAAUACAAAGUUACCUGCUGGACCCGGUGCAAGCACCAUCGCCCGCCUACGUGGCCGAGCUGACCAGCCGGGGCCCCGCAGAGUGCGUCGUGCCAAACCCCAAGGCCCCGCAGUCCGGAGGAGCCCAAGGACGCCGAAGCGAGCGCUACAUCGAGGAGCCGGCGAACACUGACAUCCGGAAGGGAGAGCCCUCCCCGCCGGGAGAGGUGCAGUUGUCUUGGGUGCCUCUUGCCCCAGGAGAUGCCACCUGCACCGAGGACUGGAUUGAGGAGGCCACUAAUGGCAUCGGCCCUUGCCUGGGAGGACUCCACCGGAGGGACCCCUGUCACAGCCCCGCUGGGUCCCCUGCAACCAGGGACAGCCCCACGGUGGGCCAGGGUCAGCCCAGAGCGAACUUUGAAGGGUACAGAGGGCCCCGAGUCCACAGCAGUGCCCAAAGCCCCCAGCUGGGCACACCCCAAACCAGGGCAGAGGACAUUUUGGGCCACGAUCCUGGGCCACUCCCAGCCACGGGCCCCCCUGGCGCUUCACCCGGCCGGCCCCACCCCCCGUCAGGGCCGGAGACCCUCCCCAUGGAUGGGGAUCACGUCUCUGGUCGGCCCAGCGCCACGAACCGGAGGCAGAACUCACCAGGGGAGGCUGUUGGAGCCGAGGUCGUGAUGCUCUCACUAAGCACAGAGGGGCCCGGCUGGGACCACUGGGGGGGCAGAGGCCAAUGGCAGCGAGCAGGGAUGGGGGAGGAGGAGGAGGAUGUGGCCGUGGCAGAAGCCCUGGCGGCACUGGAGGCUGCUACGGCGGGCGAAGAAGUGGAAGUGGACGAAGAGUAGAUUGCUCCGAACCGGACCUCGACCUGGAUCCCGGCCUGCCUUUCCCUCCCAAGGCAAGGCCGCAUCUUUUGGGCCACAGUGAGCCCGGUGGGGGCAGGGCUGGGCACAGGCCCCAGUACACCCUGGGACAAAUACGCCCAAUCCGACAUUAGAGGGCUGCCCCCGCCCCAUGUGCGGAGAAGUAUCACUCUAGGAUUUUUAGCAAACAAGUACUGGAGAGAAGUGGGACCAGUGUUUUCCCACCGUGCCCACACUGACCGGACCCUGCAGCCAGCCCGCUGACACACUCACACUCACCCUCGACCCCGUGAGAGGGGCUGUAUUGACCCGCUCCCGGGAUGGGGAGGGGAUUCCGAAUCCGCUCUCCCCACGCCUAUUUCAACAAUUUUGAAUUUCAACAAUUCCAACGAUUUGUUUGUUGAAUUUCAACAAUUCAACAACGUUUCCCCCACCCCGGGGAGUUAGCUCCAGUCAGCAUCUACCGAAUGGCAUUAGCCCAACCCCGAGACCCCUUGCCCUAAUGGUUUUUCCACUAGCCAAGGGAGGGGCCGGGUGGCUGUUCAGGAUGAAGCUGACGUCCUCCGGUGUCCCCAGCUUUGAGGGUGCCAGAGGUCCUGUCCAUCCCAAAUCACCACCCUGACCCUCACCCCGCUGUUUCAACCAACCACGCAACUAAGCUACAAAAUUUCGAAUAUAUGGUUUCUUUUUUCUCCUUACCUCAAAAGGGAAGUAAUUUGGGUCACUCCAGACUGUAAGGUCCUUGUAGGCAGAGAACAUAUCUACCAACUCUUUUAUAUUAUACUUUCCCAAAUGCUUAAUACAGUGCUCUGCACACAGAAAGGACUCAAUAAAUACCAAUGAUUGUCUGAUUGAUCAACUGGCCCAGCUAGCACACCCACUAAGCUCACUACUAAUCGCUCUGUGACCUUACAGAAGACACUAUUAAAUCGGAUUCCGGGAAUAACUGAGUGCCAAAUCUGGGACGGGAAGUCAGAGCGUAGUGCCACAACCGGUCUGAUAUCUGGACAGUGAUCUUUGGAAGACUGAAAAAAGUUACCCUGCUGACAGAAAUCUGUGCAAAGAGCAAUAAACAGUGGA